AAAGGUGCCGUCCCCACCUCGGCAUCACUCGAUCCUCCUGCUCCGCUCCUGCCGUGCGUCCUCUGAAGAGCCCAGAACUCCUCCAAGGAUGAAAACCGACCUGGAGCUGGCCCUGGAAUGCGCCAUCAACAUCUACCACCAGUACGCGAUGCGGCGGCCCAUCGAUGACUACCUCAGCAAGAACGAGUUCUCCAAGCUGCUCAAGGAGACGGCCCAGCCUUUCCUCCAGAACACGCUGCCGCCCAACACGACCACCGACAACUACAUCAACCAACUCUUCACCAAAGCCGACGCCAACCACGACGGCCGCCUUAAGUUCACCGAGUUCAUGACCACGCUGAGCCUCGUGGCCAUCGAUGCCCACAACAGGUCCCAUGAGGGCCCUGGGCAUGACCACGGCCAUGGGCAUGACCACGGCCACGACCAUGGUCAUGACCACGGGCACGGGCCCGAGCAUGGCCACGGCCACCGUCACUGAAACUGAAGCGUCUCCUGGGGUGGCUGAGCCAUGGGACUCCGUGUCCCCAGGAGGCUCAGCCCGUGCCCGUAACCAAACUUUUGUCACCUGCUUCUAUUUCGUGGCACUGAAAUAAAAUCUCUUCCUUUGAGCACCAAA